AACUUCUCAGAGCCCGAGACUGAGAGGCUCCUCCCCUGCCACACCAAUCAAGAUAACGUUUAAGAAAAGGACACCGAGAGGCUUGAAAACAGAUUUAAACGGAGGAGCUCACAUGAUCAAAGACAUGAACCUGGAUGAGGACAGUGGCCUGUCAGUCAGCUGCGGCAACGGCAAACUGAGACAGUGGCUAAUCGAUCAGAUUGAUAGCAGGAGAUAUCCCGGCUUGAUUUGGGAAAAUGAUCAAAAGUCCAUCUUUAGGAUUCCGUGGAAGCACGCAGGAAAACAAGACUAUAACAGAGAGGAGGAUGCUGCACUCUUUAAGGCAUGGGCAUUGUUUAAGGGAAAAUAUAAGGAAGGAGUUGACAAGCCAGAUCCCCCCACAUGGAAGACCAGACUACGCUGCGCUCUUAAUAAAAGCAAUGACUUCGAUGAGUUAGUGGACAGAAGCCAACUGGACAUCUCAGAGCCCUAUAAAGUCUACAGAAUCAUUCCUGAGGAAGCCAAAAAAGGAAUGAAGAUGAGCAGUGUGGAGGAGACAACAUCACAUGGAAAUGCCCAUGGCUAUGUUCCUUCAUAUACGUCCCUGCACAAUCAGGUACCUGGCUAUAUGGUUUCUCAGGAGAGAAGGGACUGGAGAGAUUACUCACCACCAGAACAACAACCACUUCCUCCUCCACAUCACCAUGGGCCACAUGCAGAGAUGCAGUAUGGUCAGUGCCACUACCCAUCACCGUUCAGCCGGGCUUGGCCUGGUUCACAUGCAGAAAAUGGUUUUCAGCUCUCCUUCCACACCUACUUUUCAGAGUCCCAACCGCCCGUCUACACAGUUGACCACAACAAUGCCAUAACAGAUUUCAGCUUGCAUGUGUCCCUAUACUACAGAGAGUCUCUGGUAAAGGAGAUUACCACCACCAGCCCAGAAGGUUGUCGGAUCACCUCUUCUCCCUCCUCCUCUCCAUCCUCUUCCUCUUCUUCUUCCCCAUGCCCAGAGGACAAGUUUCACAGCGGGGCAGAAGUCAUCCUUUUUCCAUUCCCGUACCCUGAGUCUCACAGGCAGGGUGCUGAGAUGCUUCCUAAUGUACUGGAGAGGGGGGUGCUCCUGUGGAUGAUGUCUGAUGGCUUAUACGCUAAGCGCCUCUGCCAGGGACGAGUGUACUGGGAGGGACCUCUGGCUCCGUAUACGGAUAAGCCAAACAAGCUGGAGAAGGAGCAGCCAUGCAAACUGUUUGACACCCAGCAAUUCCUUAUUGAGCUUCAAGAUUUUGCCCAUACUGGCCGUCAUUUACCGAGACACCAGGUGGUGCUAUGUUUUGGAGAUGAGUACCCUGACCCACAACGGCAGAGGAAAAUGAUCACAGCACAGGUGGAGCCAGUGUUUGCCAGAAAACUGGUGUACUAUUACCAGCACAACAAUGGCCACUACCUGCGGGCUUAUGAUCACAUCCAGGAACAGAACACAUCUCCAUCAAUCGACUACCCUUCCCAGAGACCUCUACAGCAUAUUCAAGAGUGACAAGCAUGCACACACACACACACACACACACACACACACACACACACACACACACACACACACACGCACACACGUACAUUGUACAGGAGGGCAUGAAUGUAAAUGUGAAUGUAAAGCACUGCCCAUUUAUCACGUCUUGUGACUGCAGUGCUGUGUACUGUAAAUGGUAGGAGAUGUCAUGGUACUGAGGGGUAGAUUUGGGGAAGACCCUGUUGUUUUCACUUGCACACCUUUGCAUCGUAGUCUUUGUGUGACUGUGGAGUAAUGUUUUUUUUUUCUCUACAAGUAUUAUUGUGACAGUGUGAAGGAUGCGGUUUGAGGGUGGGGGUAUGAGGGGAGCGGAGGGCGACUGAGACAGGAAGUACUAGCACAGGUGCACAGGAAGAAUGGCCCCUAAGACAAACACUGCUAUGUCAAAGGGACAAAACAGUAUGAAUGAAUACUUCUUGUAUUAUUAUUUAUUGUAUUGUAUAUAAGCCUUAACAUUUGCUUAGAUGAGCAAGUGAACAGUCAAGUAUCAUUGCUUUGUCCAUUGCAGACCUCAACUCUGGGUUUCAUUGCAAAAAAAAAAAAAAGAACUGAUGUUAUCACUGGUCUGGUGGUGUAGUAGAGGAAGCUGUUAUCACAAAUUGUUUACCUCUGGGCUGCUACAUGUAUUGCACUUCCAAAAAUCUCUUUCUACUGAAUCUGGUCAGCUUUUUAAAAAAACAUCUGAUUCCUUUUAAUUAUGUCAAACUGAUCAAACAAAAAUCACAAAGCCGUUUUUUGAGAUGGUAAUCAAGAUUCAACUACUUUCCCUGCAGUAGAUGGAGACCAAAGCCCGUACGUCCACCUUAUAUACAUGCCAGUAAUAUCAAGCCAUUCAGUGUUUGUUUACAUAUAUAUCUAAUGUUGGUUAGCAUUAGAUUGUUACAAGUGCAGAAGCUUUUCAAACAUUUAUUAGUUUGAAACAAAAGAAAAAGGCAAAGCAGAGAACUGCCUCAUGCUGAAUUGAAAGGUGCUGGUUAAAUAAAGCUGGUUCCCAACCUGAUGCUCGGGACCCCCACAAGGGUUCAUAAGGUAGUCUAAGAAUUCACCAGAUAAUUACAGAGACAGCUAAUUAUUAUUAUUUUAUUUUAUGUAUAAAAUCAUAAUUGAGUGCUUUUCAGCUUUUUGUCUUUGUCUAGUAUAUGUAUAGUUUUCUUCUUGAGGUCUCUAAAAAUUAUUCAAAUGAAAUAAUCUGAUUUGAAAACCCAUUUUCGGUUGAACUGCUCACAAGGUCCACUGGCCUACAACACAUGAUCAGAGAGCAGCUCACUAGAAAAGAGUGGGCUUGGUGGGCGGUCUUAACCUCACUGGACUGAAGGAAGUUAACUGGAAAAAUCACACUCAUCCCGUAACUUGCAAGGAAACCAUACCUGUUCCUCUUGACCUGAAACUAGCGGCCUCACAAAUGAGAAGAAAAACUACCUUUUGUGGUCUGAAUGUACGUUGAGCCAGGGAGGAGCUCUCUGGUUCCCAUGCCUGAGAUUCUGUAGAGGUAGGGAUGUAACAUCCACACAAAAGCUAUCUAAAGAUUCUAACAACCUACUUAGGAAUGUGUAUACAUCAUAAGAAUCCAGCAGUGACAAUAAUUUAAUUCCUCAUGUUAUUGGGGUCCUGAUGCUGCAGUUGAAUGGAUAAAAGUUUUGUUAUGUUUUUCUUCUGUGGUCCAGAGUUUCGAUCUCUGCGUUUACUUCCUUCACACUUAAACCACAUCACUUUCACAAUGGCUUCAAAUGUCUGACCAAAAUCACAGGCAGGAAUGUUUUUCUUUUUUUAGUGUGUGUGUGUGUGUGUGUGUGUGUGUGUGUGUAAACCAUAAAUCCUUUUUCCCCUCAAAGUCAGUCAGUUCCCCUGAUUCUGUGCUGGGUUCACAUAAUGAUUCACAUUACUUCACAGUCAGACACUUGACUCAUUCAAAGUAAUAUUCUAUAGUGAAAAUGUUACCAACUCCAUGUACAGUUCACUGUUGUGGUAAAUUUUGUGUGCGUGUGUGUGUGUAGUAAAGGGCCACAUGUGUGCGUGUGUGGGUGAGUACAUGAGUGUCACACAGUUGCACUAUUACUGUUAUCAGGAAUUGACAUUUAUGGACUCAGGAUAAAACAUGUGACUCCCCCACCUACAACAUCAGUGACUCAAACAUAGACACACACCCUAUUCACAUCACACUUUACAGUUACAGUAAAACAUGCAGAACAAACUACAGAGGAAAUCAGAGUGUGCAUAUUUAAAAAAAACUGUCCUAACAUUUUGUACAAUAUAUUUUUGGAGAAUGACAAAGACUUGGAGUAAUAAGGAGAUUGAUUAAUAUAAACUGUAAAACUGCCAUAUUGAUAAAUGAUGUAUUGUGAAAUAAAGUCAUCAAUCUUCUACUA